AUGUCCAAAUACGGUGUGUUGGCCAUCGGUCCUGCCGGCGCUGGCAAAACCACCUUCUGCUCGGCCUUGAUUGGUCACCUGAAGAACUCACGUCGCUCAUGCUUUUACAUCAACCUUGACCCGGCCGCCGAGGAGUUUGUCUACGAGCCCGAUCUCGACAUCAGAGAGCUCAUUACCCUCGAAGAUGUCAUGGAGGAAAUGCAUCUCGGUCCCAACGGUGGUUUGAUCUACUGUUUCGAGUUCUUGCUGGAGAACAUGGACUUCAUCACCGACCCGCUGGAAGAGGUGGGUGAAGAGUACCUCAUUAUCAUCGAUAUGCCUGGUCAAAUCGAGCUGUAUACCCAUGUGCCCAUCCUGCCUAGUCUUGUCAAACAUUUGACCAGAGGGAGUCUUAAUGUCAAUCUCUGCGCUGCCUACUUGCUCGAAGCUACCUUUGUCGUAGAUCGCGCAAAGUUCUUUGCUGGAACUCUCAGCGCCAUGAGUGCCAUGCUCAUGCUUGAGGUGCCUCACAUCAAUAUUCUGAGCAAGAUGGAUCUCGUCAAAGGCACUGUCGCAAAGAAAGAUCUCAAACGUUUCAUUGACCCAGAUGUCAGUCUGCUUGAUGAGGAUCCGACCACUGGCCUGUACUACCAAGAGACCGACGACCCUGACGAUGUCACCGACUCCCAAAGCGUCAUGGCAGGUUCUUCGUUCAACAAGCUGAAUCGCGCCGUUGGUCAGCUCAUCGACGACUUCGCUAUGGUUUCCUUCCUCAAGCUCGACGCCCAAGACGAAGACAGUAUCGGUGCUGUGCUUUCCUACAUCGACGACGCCAUUCAAUUCCACGAAGCUCAAGAGCCCAAGGAGCCCAAUGACGAGGCUCAGGAUGAAGAGAUGGCCGAAAUGGGUUGA